AAGAUGUAUCAAAGCCUGGCACUGGCCCCGAGCCCCAGCCAGGCCGCCUACACCGACUCGGGCGCCUUCCUGCACGCGCCCGGCACUGGCUCCCGGGUGUUCGUGCCGCCGGCGCGCGUGCCUUCCAUGCUGCCCUACCUGCCCGCGUGCGAGCCGGGCCCGCAGCCCGCCGCGCUCGCAGCGCACCCCGGCUGGGCGCAGGCAGCUGCCGACUCGUCCGCUUUUGGCGCAGGCAGCCCGCCCCCGCCGCCUGCGCAGCCGCCCGGGGCUGCCGCCUUCCCCUUCGCGCACAGUCCCCCGGGGCCAGGCGGCGGCGGGGCGGGGGGCCGGGACGGCGGCGCCUACCAGGGUGCGCUGCUGGGUCGCGAGCAGUACCCGGCUCCUCUCGGGCGGCCCGUGGGCGCUUCUUUCCCCAGCGCCUACCCGGCCUACGUGAGCCCCGAUGUGGCCCCGACCUGGGCCGCUGGACCCUUCGACACCAGUGUCCUGCCUGGCCUGCAGGGCCGCCCGGCCGGGCUCCCGGGCCGCAGGGCCGCCUUCGUGCCCGACUUCUUGGAGGAGUUCCCCGGAGAGGGUCGUGAGUGCGUCAACUGCGGGGCCCUGUCCACGCCGCUGUGGCGCCGCGACGGCACGGGCCACUACCUGUGUAACGCGUGCGGCCUCUACCACAAGAUGAACGGUGUCAACCGGCCACUGGUGCAGCCCCAGAAACGCCUGUCCUCCUCCCGCCGCGCCGGACUCUGCUGCACCAACUGCCGCACGACCCACACGACCCUGUGGCGACGCAGCGCGGAGGGCGAGCCCGUGUGCAACGCCUGCGGCCUCUACAUGAAGCUGCAUGGGGUGCCGCGGCCUCUGGCGAUGAAGAAGGAGAGCAUCCAGACGCGAAAGAGGAAGCCUAAGGGCACGGCCAAGGCCAAGGGCUCCUCAGGGUCCGCCACAGGCACCACAACCUCCCCAUCGUCUGUCCCCAACUCCAAGAGCUCAGUGGCCACUUUUAAACCCGAGCCCAGCCUGGCGUCCCAGACAUGCCCCGGGCCCAGUAUCACCUCCCAGGCCUCCAGCCAGGUGGACGAGUCCCUGCCGCCCAGCCACUUGGAGUUCAAGUUCGAGCCGGAGGACUUUGCCUUCCCGUCCACCGCCCUGGGCCCCCAGGCUGGCCUCGGCGGUGCCCUGCGCCAGGAGGCCUGGUGUGCACUAGCCUUGGCCUAG